AUGCCUACAAUGUGGCUCUCAGACUCCCAGAAGAUUGGGGUUGCCUUUUGCUCCGGCGGAGGCUUCUUCCUGAUUGGAGGUGUCAUAAUGUUCUUUGAUCGCGCAAUGUUGGCCAUGGGAAACAUCCUCUUCUUGGCCGGUAUAACCCUACUACUCGGAGUCCAACGAACCUUCCUCUUCUUCGCGCGCCGCCAAAAAAUCAAGGGCACGGCAGCUUUCGUCGCAGGCAUCAUCCUCAUCCUCCUUCGCUGGCCAUUGAUCGGGUUCCUCGUCGAGAUUUACGGAAUCUUCAUACUGUUUGGCGAGUUCUUCAAGACGAUAGCUGGAUUUGCGUACAAUAUCCCAGUCGUGGGUCCAUACCUUGCGAGGGGUCUGCAAAAGGCUGGCGAGAAGGCUGGAGAGGGAAACAAGAAUAAGGAUCUGCCUGUCUAG